GAGCGGCAGGGGCGCCCGCCCGGCGCCCGGCUCGCGAGCUGGAGCCCGUGUUGGUUUCGCCGCGGAAGCAGCGCUCGGCCGGGUGGCUUUGGCUUUGCUGGAGGGAGCCCUAACCUCGGAGCCGUGUCAGACACGCGCCUGCCACUCGCCAUGGGAUUGACGAAUUCUUAGCUGUUUUUUUGAGUGCGCUCGGUUCUCCACUCGCCCUUCACUCUAAAGCCCACGUAUGUGAAAUGGAAAAUCGAGGGCUGUUCUGCACUCUCUGUUACCUGAUGUUCAACGCACCUCUGCUGCUCGUUGUGAAUGCUACCUUUACUGAAGUUCCCAAAGAUGUGACUGUUAGGGAGGGAGAUGAUAUUGAGAUGCCUUGUGCUUUCCGAGCCAGCGGAGCAACCUCUUACUCCUUGGAAAUCCAGUGGUGGUACCUUAAAGAACCAGCCAGAGAACUUGCACACGAAUUAGCUGUCAGUGUCCCUGGCAGCAGGAGCAAGGUAACAAAUAAGGAUGCAACUAAAAUCAGUACGGUGCGCGUGCAGGGCAACGACAUCUCGCAUCGGCUGCGGCUGUCGGGCGUGCGGCGGCAGGACGAGGGCGUGUACGAGUGCCGCGUGGCGGACUACAGCGACGACGAGACGCAGGAGCACAAGGCCCAGGCGCUGCUGCGCGUCCUCUCGCGCUUUGCGCCCCCCGACGUGCAGGCGGCCGAGGCGGUGUCGCACAUGCAGAGCGGCGCGGCCCCACGGCGCCACGGCCCCGCCGCCCGGGCCACGCCGCCGCCUGGCCCCGGCAAGCGCCCGCCGUCCGCCGGGCCCAGCGCCACCGCCGCCGCCACGGCCGGGAGCGGCGCCGCCUCCGCCUCGCCGCCGCCGGGACAGGCCGCCAUCCUGCGCCAGCAGCACGGGUCAGGUACAGUUCCUAUUUAUGCUACAAACCCACUCCUAUAUAUGUUCCUGUUAAUACUGCAUAAGCUUGUAGUUUUAUUAGUAAACCACUGAUGGACUGUUUCCUCAGCUACUCCUCAGCCAAACAAAAAGGAACCUAUUUAAAAACAGAACAAACCUUUGACAGAAAUACCUGCAGUUUUAAAGACGGACAGAAAGAGACUGAAAGAAGCAUGAGAAAUUCUAAAGGGGGGGGGGGAAACGUAUUUUUGGGGAUGUCACAAAAGUAAAUCACAUAAAAUAAUGCAUCUAGUUUCCAGACUCAAUGAUGUUGCGCCCUGCUUUGUGCAUGGCACUUCUGAUUUCUCUAUUUUAAUGUAAUAUUUUUUCUUUUCUAAACCUUUCCUCUGACUCUUCAUUUUGCACGAACUGUUGAGCAGUUAUCUUUAUGACAAUAUGUAAAAAUGUUGGGUCAAAGCCUUUCCUAAGAAAGGAGAUAUUUUUAGUAGAUUAUUGUGCUUAGAUCUUUUGAUUUCUUUUUUCUUUUUUGUAAUUAAAUUAUUUCUUUUUGAGACAUUUCAAUUAAAAGGCACAUCUUACCAUAAUUAAUAUUCACUGUCAAUAAUAUUUAUUUUUAAAUAAAGAUUGGAAACAAGGUAAGACAUUUGUUUACAAACUGUAUUGUAUAUUGCUGAAUAACCGUUGAAUAAAAAGAUUUUGAAAUAAA